AUAAAGUUAAGAACUUGCGUUCAUAAACAAUGUCACUCUUACUGCAUUGAUGUUGGAAGCCGCAGCCGGAUUUGUCAGUGUGAGCAGAUGGAGAAAUGGUGGCAAACACCCGAAAGCUCACCAUCACUUCUGCAAACAGAACAAAGGCCAAGUGUAAUUUUGAGGAACAGCAACUCAUUAGCACAUCGCAACCUUUGAUACUCAACAUCAAUAAGUAGAAUCAGGUUACCACCCUGAGUGAGGAUUUCAUGAGCAGGGGCGUCCCAAUCUCAAAGAGAAAGCUAUCACCAAAAUGCAGUAGAUUCCAUUUAAUUAGGCCACAAGUUAACUGAGACAGCUGCUUAUUUGGGACAACUCUUAAAGAACAAAAUCUAAUUGAGGAAAUUGCUCGGAUUAUCUUUGUUUAUUUGGAACAAAAUGCCACUUAUUUGGGCAGGAGGAUGUUUCCAAACAGAUACUAACUAGAGUCCGUCAUGAGCACUCGUGUGGCCGUUAUGCACUGUACCAUGCUGAGAGUGAACCGUUUUUAAAUAGCGGCAGUUGUGUGAGUUUGUGUUCAAAAAGCAGUAAUUUUUGUCACUAAUCGUUGGUGAGAAAUAUUCAGUAAGUCAAUUCCGAACUGUUCUGCUCACUGUGGAUUCUGCGCUGGGUUGGUGGCUGGCCCCUCCUGUGGGAGCUGUCCUUCAUUUUUCGCUUUUGGGAAGAGACGAGCAGGAUUGCAUUCACCUGCAGCUGCUCUUGCGGGAUAUCAGCAACUGCCGUAGGCUGUUGUUGCAGAGACAUGGCUCUAGGAUAACAUCAAUCUACAGGCUUUGACACUUGGGUGAUAUUAUUAUCAUUUCUUAGUAUUAUUUUUCAAUGUUUCUUCUGCUAUCAUAAUUACACGUGCUGUACAUGAUUGUGGUUUUGUAUUUUGCACCUUGGCCCUUGUGGAGUGUUGUUACAUCUGGCUGUAUUCAUGUGUAUGGUUGAAUGACGAUUAAACUUCAGCUUGAACUUGAACUUGAAGGAUGCCUGCAUGAAUUAAGCCAUUUUCUUCUGCCUCUGGCCUACCACUUUGAAUUUAGGAAGCAGAUCACUUACAAUCGAAUUAAUUUUCAGAAAUAAAUGAUAGAAGCGGUACUUGGAAGCAAUAGUGAUACUGAAGACAUCAGUGUUAAUGACCACACGGUUGGUUUAUGUCGUUGUCCGUUACUGGGAAAUCCUUGGCAUUGGCAGAACUGUGUCAUCCAGUGAAUGCAGGAAGGAUGAUAUGUUUUGGCAGGACUCACAACAAACAGACGAUUUUAAUCAUUGGUGCAACGCUGAGAGAUUGUGAACUGUUGGUUGUGUCUUCUUUCAAAUAGGAUAUUAAAGGGAGAUCGCUUCUUUCCUCUUGGUGAAUGAGCAAGUGGGCUCUCUGCUAUACAUAGAGCACCUGCUUGGAAGACAUGACGAGUUUCUGGACACAGUUGGGUCUGUUAGUGUGGAAGAAUUUCACCUAUAGAAGACGACAGACAUUUCAGCUGCUGAUUGAGAUAGCGUGGCCCCUCUUUUUGUUCUUCAUAUUGAUUUCUGUUCGGCUCUCCUAUCCGCCUUACGAGCAGCAUGAAUGCCAUUUCCCAAACAAGGCAAUGCCUUCUGCCGGCACUCUGCCAUGGAUACAAGGAAUUAUCUGUAAUGCAAACAACCCAUGCUUUCGCUAUCCAACGCCUGGUGAAUCGCCUGGAGUCACUGGAAAUUUUGACAAAUCAAUCCUUUCCCGCCUGUUUCUUGAUGCCAAGAAGAUAAUACUGUACAGCCAGAGGGAUGGAAAUAUGGAAGCCUUCCACAAGCUGUAUGAAGCUCUGAAGAGAUUCAGCAACUCUACUCUCGAUCUCAGGCUCCAGGAUUUCUUGAUUGAAAAUGAGACACUGUCAGAAUUUCUGUACCAAAACAUGUCGUUUGAUCGUCCGACAGUGGAUAAAAUUUUGGAUGCUGAUGUAAAUUUUGAAAAGGUCAUUACAGUUGGGCAAGGGUUACAGCUGAAAGACCUUUGCAAUGGCACAAAACUGGAUGACUUUGUUAUCAUUGGAGAUCCCGCUACAGCCAGGGACACUCAGACUCUUAUUUGCACACUGUCUGAGGAAGAGCUAAGAAAGGUUGAAAGAACAUUCUUCUCUAACCUGGAUAUCCUAAAGUUAACCAAAAAGGGAAUGGCCAUUGAUCCUCUUGCAACGUUAGAAGUGUCUAAUGCCAUGGACUCUGUGCUUCAAAACGUCAUGAUUCUCACUAAAGAGUUGACUGAGGUUAAGAGUUGGAGUGACAUGAGAAAAGAGGUGAUGCUGCUUAGCAGUGAUAGCUUGUCAGGAUCGCCACAGGAGCUGUACCAAGCCGUGUCGAGGAUCGUGUGUGGACAUCCAGAAGGUGGGGGCUUAAAAAUCAAAUCCCUGAAUUGGUACGAGGACAACAACUACAAGUACCUUUUGGGCAGAAACAGCACAGAUGAAGAGUCUUCACACUAUGACAAUUCAACAACACCAUACUGCAAUGACUUGAUGAAGAGUUUGGAAUCCAAUCCCAUCUCAAAAAUGAUCUGGAGGGCAAUGAAACCACUGUUGGUUGGUAAAGUUCUGUACACUCCCGAUACUCCUGUAACCCGGAAAAUAAUCAAAGAGGUUAACAAGACCUUUCAAGAAUUGAGUGUCUUCAGGGAAGCUGGAGAGAUGUGGGAAGAAAUUGGACCAAAAGUAAGGGAAUUUAUGGAAAGAAGCCAAGCAAUGGAUUUGAUUCGAAGUCUACUGAAGAAAGAAGUUAUGGGUGACUACAUUAACUCAAAGUUGGCUGGAACCUCUUGGACAGUUACUGACCUCUCCAACUUCAUCGCAAAAUACCCAGAAGAGGUCCAGCAUUCGAAUCAUUCAGUAUACACCUGGAGGAAUGCUUAUAAUGAGACAGAACAGGCAAUUCACACAGUUUCACUUGCAAUGGAGUGCAUAAAAUGGGACAAAUUGGAAGCUGUGUCCACUGAGGAGAAACUAAUUAAUAAAUCUAUGGAACUGCUGAAUGAGAGGAAGUUUUGGGCAGGAAUUGUGUUCCUUGGCUCUAACUCCAACAGUACAAAACCAUCAGAACACAUGAAGUACAAGAUCCGGAUGGAUAUCGACAAUGUGGAACGAACAAAUAAGAUAAUGGAUGGGUACUGGGAUCCGGGGCCACGUGCUGACCCAUUUGAGGAUCUCCGUUACAUCUGGGGCGGCUUCUCCUACCUGCAGGAUAUAGUAGAGCACGCAAUUAUCCGCACGGUGACAGGCAACAAGGAGGAGACAGGUGUAUACAUCCAGCAAAUGCCAUAUCCCUGCUACGUGGAUGACUUGUUUCUUCGUGUCCUGAGCCAGUCUCUGCCUCUGUUCACCACACUGGCCUGGAUAUACUCUGUAGCUGUGAUAAUCAAAGGGAUAGUGUAUGAGAAGGAAACACGACUGAAAGAGACCAUGAGGAUUAUGGGCUUGAGCAGUGGUACCUUGUGGGUUAGCUGGUUCAUCAGCAGCUUGAUUCCGUUGCUCAUUAGCGCUGGCUUGCUGGUUGUGAUUCUAAAGGAAGGGAACAUCUUGCCUUACAGUAACCCCGCUGCCGUCUUCACGUUCCUCGCAGUUUUUGGAGUGGUUACCAUCUUACAAUGCUUUUUGAUCAGCACAAUGUUCUCAAAGGCUAACUUGGCAGCAGCUUGUGGAGGGAUUAUCUACUUCACCCUCUACCUCCCAUAUGUGCUGUGUAUGGCUUGGCAGGAGUACAUUAACUACCCGAUCAAAAUCUUCGCAAGUCUGCUAUCACCAGUUGCAUUUGGCUUUGGCUUUGACUAUUUUGCGCAGUUUGAGGAGCAGGGAGUUGGUGUCCAGUGGCAUAAUCUCUUUGUAAGUCCAUCGAAAGGUGAUGAAUACAACAUCACUACAUCCAUCAUCCUCAUGAUAGUCGAUACCUUCCUCUACGCAGUUAUGACCUGGUACAUUGAGGCAGUGUUCCCAGGACAAUAUGGCAUUCCCAGACCUUGGUACUUUCUUUUUACCAAGUCCUAUUGGUGUGGAGACCCAGUUCAGGAUGUUAAUCAUUCUCCAUAUGCAAAGAGUAAAGAUUCACGAAUCUGCGUGGAGGAGGAGCCAACUCACCUUCGGCUUGGUGUCUCCAUUCAAAACCUGGUCAAAAUUUACCGAGAUGGCCAGAAGCUGGCAGUUGAUGGGCUCACACUGGGCUUCUAUGAAGGGCAGAUCACGUCUUUCCUGGGACACAAUGGUGCUGGCAAAACUACCACAAUGUCAAUUUUGACAGGAUUGUUCCCACCAACAUCUGGAACAGCCUAUAUACUGGGCAAAGACAUUCGUAGUGACCUCAAUUCCAUCCGGCAAAACAUGGGGGUGUGCCCACAGCACAACGUCCUCUUCGAUAUGCUUACUGUCGAGGAGCACGUGUGGUUUUAUGCACGACUCAAAGGGCUGUCAGCGAAAGACGUGAAGAGAGAGGUGGAUCAAAUGGUCCUGGAUGUGAAGCUGCCUAACAAACGCAAAGAAACAACUAACAAGCUUUCAGGUGGAAUGCAACGCAAACUUUCAGUGGCCCUUGCUUUUGUUGGUGGUUCUAAAGUUGUCAUCUUGGAUGAACCAACCGCAGGAGUUGACCCCUACUCCCGCCGGGGAAUAUGGGAUCUGCUGCUCAAAUAUCGCCAAGGUAGGACUAUUAUCCUCUCUACUCAUCAUAUGGAUGAGGCAGACAUGCUGGGAGAUCGGAUUGCCAUCAUUUCCAAUGGAAAGCUAUGUUGCUGUGGAUCAUCACUGUACCUGAAGAACCAGCUGGGAACAGGUUACUAUCUCACCCUGGUCAAGAAAGAUUUGGAGCCAUCUCUUAGUUCCUGCAGGAACAGCAAUAGCACUAUGUCCUACCUGAAGAAGGAUGACAAUGUUUCUCAAAGUAGCUCAGAUGCUGGACUUGGCAGCGAUCAAGACAGUGAUACUAUGACAAUAGAUGUCUCAGCUAUCUCCAAUCUGAUCUUAAAGCAUGUGGCAAAGGCUCGCCUAGUUGAAGAUAUUGGGCAUGAACUGACAUACGUGUUGCCUUACGAAGCUGCUAAAGAUGGUGGUUUUGUGGAACUUUUCCAUGAGAUGGAUGACAGACUCACUGACUUGGGAAUUUCCAGUUAUGGAAUUUCUGACACCACACUGGAAGAAAUAUUCCUUAAGGUUGCAGAAGAUCAUGGAGUGGACGCUGAAAUCUCAGAUGGCACUAUCCCUGCUUGCAGAAACAGGAGAUCAAGAUUCGUUGACAGGCAGAGUUGCCUCAGACCAUUCACAGAUGAUGAUGCUACCGAUGCGAAUGACUCGGAUACUGACCCAGAAUCCCAGGAAACUGACUUCUUGAGUGGGAUGGAUGGGAAAGGAUCAUACUCAAUAAAAGGCUGGAAUCUCAUGAGGCAACAGUUUGUGGCAUUGUUCUGGAAGCGACUGAUUUAUGCCAAGCGUAGCAGGAAAGGAAUCUUUGCUCAGAUUGUGCUUCCCGCUGUCUUUGUGUGCAUUGCAUUGGUGUUCAGCCUGAUUGUGCCUCCAUUCGGUAAAUAUCCCAGCCUGGAGCUACACCCCUGGAUGUACGACGAGCAGUACACAUUCAUUAGUAAUGAUGCCCCUGGAGACGCAAACACAGCAAGCCUAUUGGAUUCUCUUAUUAAUGAACCGGGAUUUGGGACACGGUGUAUGAGAGGAGACCCAAUUCCGAAUGCCCCAUGUAAGCCCACAAAUGAGAAAUGGAUUAAUCCAUCUGUACCCGAUUCUAUAAUGGACGUCUUCCUCAAAGGGAAUUGGACAAUGGACAACCCUUCACCUUCAUGUCAAUGUAGUGAUAAUGCUGUGAAGAAGAUGCUUCCAGUAUGUCCUCCAGCCGCAGGUGGACUUCCUCCUCCUCAGGUUAAACUGAACUCAACAGACAUCCUUCAGAACCUGUCAGACAGAAAUGUAUCAGACUACCUAGUUAAAACCUAUGCACAGAUCAUUGGACGAAAUCUGAAGAACAAGCUCUGGGUGAAUGAGUUUAGGUAUGGUGGAUUUUCACUGGGGGGAGAGAGCUCACCGUUCCUGGCUCCAAGGGAGGAAAUAGCUAAAGCCAUCCACCGACUGAAGCAGUCACUUAAGUUAACACAGGGCAGUGCUUCGGACCGAUUUAUGAAGCAGCUCCCAAAGUUCAUAUCUGGACUCGACACAAAAGAUAAUGUGAAGAUCUGGUUUAACAACAAAGGCUGGCAUGCUCUGGGAGCAUUCCUAAAUGUCAUGAACAAUGCCAUUCUGCGCUCCAAUCUACCAGAAGGAGAAGAUCCAAGUGUAUAUGGAAUCACUGCCAUCAAUCACCCACUCAAUCUGACCAAAGAACAGAUCUCUGAGGUGGCCCUAAUGACUACUUCGGUGGACGUUUUAGUUUCCAUCUGCGUGAUCUUUGCCAUGUCCUUUGUCCCAGCGAGUUUUGUGGUUUUCCUGAUCCAGGAGCGAGUUACCAAAGCCAAGCACAUGCAGUUCAUCUGUGGAGUGAAGCCGGCCAUCUACUGGCUUGCUAACUAUAUGUGGGAUAUGUGUAACUACGUCAUUCCUGCCACACUGGUCAUCAUCAUUUUCAUCUGCUUCCAACAAAAAUCUUACGUGUCCUCCUCAAACUUACCUGUGCUCGCUCUGCUUCUCUUGCUGUAUGGGUGGUCCAUCACCCCUUUGAUGUACCCAGCAUCCUUUGUAUUCCGAAUCCCCAGCACGGCCUAUGUAAUCUUAACCAGUGUGAACUUGUUCAUCGGGAUCAAUGGCAGUGUGGCUACCUUUGUCCUCGAGCUGUUUAGCAACAACAAACUGAAUAGCAUUAAUGAAGUUCUGAAAUCUGUGUUCCUGAUCUUCCCUCACUUCUGCCUGGGUCGCGGGUUAAUAGAUAUGGUGAAAAAUCAGGCAAUGGCAGAUGCCUUGGAAAGAUUUGGUGAGAAUCGUUUUGUCUCUCCACUUUCCUGGGAUCUAGUUGGAAGAAAUCUAUUCGCCAUGGCUGUGGAGGGAGUGGUCUUCUUUAUCAUCACAGUGCUGAUUCAGUACAGGUUCUUUAUAAAACCAAGACCCUCAUCUGUAAAGCUGCCAGAGGUGACUGAUGAUGAUGAAGAUGUGGCUAAGGAGAGGCAGAGGGUCUUGAGUGGUGGGUGCCAGAAUGACAUUCUGGAGCUGAAAAGCCUCACCAAGAUCUACAGAAUGAAGCGGAAGCCUGCUGUUGACCGACUUUGUGUGGGGAUCCCACCUGGAGAGUGCUUUGGGCUUUUAGGCGUGAAUGGUGCUGGGAAAUCAACAACCUUCAAGAUGUUGACAGGUGAUAGUUACGUCACAGGAGGAGAGGCUUUCCUGAAAGGACACAGCAUUCUAUCUAAUAUGCAAGAGGUCCAUCGAAACAUGGGCUACUGCCCUCAGUUUGACGCCAUCAAUGAACUGCUGACUGGCCGGGAACAUCUGGAGCUUUAUGCACUCCUCCGUGGAAUUCCAGAAAAGGAAAUCUGCAAGAUUGCUGAGUGGGGAAUCCGGAAGCUGGGAAUUGUGCGCUAUGCAGACAAAAAGGCCGGUAACUACAGUGGAGGGAAUCAGCGCAAGCUCUCCACUGCCAUGGCCUUGAUAGGGGGUCCUCCAGUUUUAUUUCUGGAUGAACCCACAACAGGUAUGGAUCCAAAAGCACGGAGAUUCCUGUGGAACACAAUUCUCAGUAUCAUUAAAGGAGGUCGCUCAGUGGUUUUGACAUCACACAGUAUGGAGGAGUGCGAGGCUCUGUGCACUCGCAUGGCAAUAAUGGUUAAUGGGAAAUUCCGCUGUCUGGGCAGCGUACAGCACCUCAAGAACAGGUUUGGUGAUGGAUACACAAUAAUCGUGCGGAUAGCUGGUCCAAACCCAGACCUGACUCCUGUGGAGCAGUUCUUUAAGCGGGCUUUCCCUGGUAGCAUUCUCAAGGAGAAACAUCGCAGCAUGCUCCAGUACCAGUUGCCUUCAUACCAGUCCUCCUUAUCAAGAAUCUUCAGUAUUCUCUCCAGCAACAAGGAGAAGCUUCAUAUUGAGGACUACUCCGUUUCACAAACCACAUUAGACCAAGUAUUUGUAAACUUUGCCAAGGACCAAAGUGACGAUGACCUCCUAAAGGACACAUCCAUUCACAGAAAUGACACCAUCCUCAAUGUUGCACUCCUGAAUUCAUUUUUACAUAACAGCAAUGUGAAGGAAAGCUGUGUGUGAACUGGUGAACUGAAUGUCAGACCUGAACAGAAACUUCCCUUCAAAAUCUGAACUUGUUUUUUCAGUAAAUAAAAGAGGAAGAAUAAAACUGGACACUCUACUGAUGCCAUUCAAUGCAAUCCAAUGCAACAAUUCCACUAUUUUGUGACAAGGUGGUGCCUCUGUUCAUUGUUAAUUAGUACUGAGGUUAAGUCAAAAACUUGAAUAUAGUUUGUAUUACAAUAUGACCUUGUGAAACUCUAGUAUUAUACGGAAUUUCAAUUUAACAAUAACAAUGCGACAAUCCUAUAGUUAAUCACUUGUCAGGGGUGCUACGGUAGCGUAGCGAAUGGUACAACUCCAUUAAAGCUCGGGGCAUCGGGGUUCGAAGUUCAGUUCCAUAGCAUUGUAAGAAAGUACGUUUUUCCUGUGUGUGCCUGGGUUUCCACAGCAUGCUCCGGUUUCCUCCCACAGUCCAAAGACUUACCAAUUAUUAGGUUAAUUGGUCAUUGUAAAUUCUCCCAUGAUCAGGCUAGAGUUAAAUAGGUGGGUUGCUGGGUCAGGCAGCUUGUUAAGCCAAUAGGGCCUGUUCCACACUCUAUCUCUAAAUAAGUAAAAGUUAGCAAUGAGUUAGCAAAUCAAUAACUCAUCCGCACACAAAUACAUACAAACCAGUCCAUGUAGUUGAUAAAGUAUUUACCAAACUCUGAAGCUUUCAGAAAUCGUAACCAAAGCUGGCCUCAAUUCCUUUAAUAACCCUUCUCUAAGACUACUUUUUUAGAUAUAAACAAAAUAUCUUAGUAAGCUAUUUAUUUAACGACUACAGAUAUUAUGAAUGAAAACAGAAGUGUUUACAUUGCAUCCUAUCAGGAAUAAAAUUACACACUUCCACAGGCACUAGAGUUUUUUAAUGGUCAUCUUUAAAAAUACUUCGAUGGUUUCAUUCCAAGCACUUUAUACAGAAUGUUCUGAAAUACAUUGUUUUGUUUUUGUUUGCACUGUAAAAUCAAUUUAGUCAUUAUAAAUGCAAACAAAGAAAAAUAGCAAAGCUUGGAGAUGAUAAAGUUUUAAUGUUUAUAACUUAAAAGUCAUUUUUCAUAUCAAAAUUUUACAAUACCAAAAUAAUAACUUGUUUGUGAGAAAAUUUUAAUGUCUAAAUAUAUUUGUAUGUUUUUUUGUUUCCUACGCUUUAUGUUAGAAAUAAAAUUGUGAUAACAUUGAUUUUAUUUUGCCAUCUGUAAGAAGUAGAAGCAGGACUCGACCAUUUGGUCCGUCUUGCUUGUUCCAUCAUCCAGUAAGAUCAUGGAUAACAUUUAACCUCAGCACUGCUUCCCUACACCAGUCCCAAAUCGACGGAACAAGUCCAUUAUCAUCCCCUAUUUUUCCUGCUCAAUCCCUCCCUUCUACUGUUUUCCUGAACACAUUGAUAGUGCUGACUUCAUUGAUUUCAUCUGGUUUGGGACUGGACAUGAGGGGCUGGAGGGGCGUUGGGGAUUCAGGUUGCUAGUAAAUUUGUUUGAGGGAAAGUCAGAGGUUUCCCUGAACAGUGGAGGGCCAGGCUCAGACAAUGUUGCAGAGGGAGGGAUAAAAGGUUUUAUGUUCCAAAGGCUUUAUGCACAGCUUAACGUUUCAAAGGUCAGCACAGUCAGUUAGUAUUAAGUUAAUUCUCAAUGUUAGCUAGUAUUUCACUAAAUCUAAUCCCUUAAGUGAAAACAGUGAAUUGGGGAUGAAGCCUUUGUGAGAGAUGUUAAUUAUCCUGCCCUAGAGAACAAAUAUGUAUCUCACCUACUUUGGCUCUUGGGUACUUUUUUCCUUCUUAACAGCCCCUGGACAUCAAGCAGUAGUGCUGUCUGAUUCAGCAAGCUAUCUAACCUACUGUCAUUGGCAGUCAGCCUUAAUCUGACUUUACUACUCAAGGGACCGGACCACAAGAUCUGGGCAGACAGUCUCAAGCAGGGCACCACUGACGGUAUCUUCGAGGAUUAGGUUUGGUGAAACUAUGAUAUGUGUCCUAACUGGCUUGCACCAAAAUUAUGUUGGCACACAGCAUUCAGUGCCACCAUUUGAUUCAUUAAACAACACCCAUGAUAAAAAGAUACAAAAUGAUUAUCUUUACUGCCAAUUGCAGCAAAUGAAUUUUUAACAAUCCACGAGCAGUAAGAGGUUUUCACAGGAAACAUCUCACACCAACUUGCAACCAGCUAGAUGGUAACAAGAACUUAGGUUUCGAAAUCCUCACAGUAUUUGGAUAGUAAAUGGUUAUAAUGCCAGCACUAUUGAGAAAUAAUGUUAUUUUCCAAUUGUCUUUCUAAAGGUUUAACAAUAAUCUUUGAACAGGAGUUUUAAAAUGCUUCAUUUAUUUCAAUCUGUCUCUGUUAUAUUUUAAUUAAUGGUAUAACAAUGAAUACACACAAAUAAGCAAAAGGACUCAUCUAUUUUCCUUUAAAAGAUGUCUGUCAUUAUUGUUACCAAUUGAUUAAUCAAUGUGAUCUCCAAUCAAAAUUACCAUGGCAAACAAGAGUGUUUUUUUUAGAUUACCACCAGUUUGGGCACAUUCUCAAAAGAUCGCCACCCCUGUUCUAAGCAUUUAAGAUUUUUAAUCAAAGCCCCCUCCAUCUGCUUAGUUCAUUCCCAAUCUCUACAUUGAGUAAUGGGUCAUCCCAAAGAGUCAUUGCCAAUAAAUAUUCUUUCAGACAUCAUCACUGGAAUAGGUUAUCUGAGCAUUGUGCCUCUGUUGUUCGAAGGAUCCAGCUUUGCAUAAAGCCACUAAGUUUACAGCAUUAUGUCACUGGCUGUACUUCAAAUGUACAUUUU